AUGUACGCAAAGCAAGAAGGUAAGAAGCUAUCCAGAGAAGAAGAUUUGGAAUUGGAGAAGCAACUCAAACUUGUGAAUAAGCCAGCCGUCAAAACCAUUAAAACAAUUCAAGGAGAUGUAUACAAUUGUGUUGAUUUCUACCAACAACCUGCUUUUGAUCAUCCAUUAUUGAAGAAUCAUACAUUUGAUUUUAAGAUAUCACCUUCAUCAUACCCCAUGAGGAAAAAUUAUGAGUCUGGAAAUGACUCUACUAUCUUCGAUCCAUGUAAAAUAUGGUUGAAUGGUAAGGGAUGUCCGGUUGGUACUGUUCCAAUAAGAAAAGUUACUAAAAAAGAUCUCCUUAGAGCUAACCUGGCCUCACAAAUGUAUGGUUCCAAAUUCAAUCCUCAAUCUGUGGAAACUCCCGGUCUUCAUUUUGCUGUAUUACGCACUAAACCUGAUCCAAACAAGAAAUACCAUGGGGCUCAAAUGCAAGCUACCAUACACGGCGUUAAAGUAAACCAUGCUCAAUCAAGUUACGGCCGAAUGAAAGUCAAAAACAGUGCAGACUAUAUAGAAGUUGGGUGGAUGGUCAAUCCGCUUGUGUACAAUGAAGAACUGACUAGAAUGUAUAUAUAUACUAAUGCUGGGCAGUCUCGUUGUUUCAAUACAUUUUGUCCUGGAUUUGUAAUAGUAUCUACGACUUUUCCUAUCGACGCGGUUCUUCCCGUAAGAACACCAAAAGUUAAAGGAGCAUUUUUGAAAUUCAUGAUUGAUCGGGAUGUAAAAACUGGAAAUUGGUACCUUUAUAUUGGCGACAGCAAUAUUGUUGUUGGGUAUUGGAAUUAUCGCAUAUUUGAGGCUGGAUUGAAUAACUUUGCUACCUACAUUGAUUGGGGUGGACAAGUAUACGGUCCUCCCAAUCUACCAAGUGCGCCAAUGGGAGCCGGCGUUGAAGUUAGUGGCCGCGAAUCAACGGACGCAUAUUGUUGGAAAAUCCAAUACGCGAAUGGAACUAACUUUGUUAAUGCUGAUAAUGUUGAAGGGUUUUCAGGGAAUCCUGCAUAUAAUCAGUGGGAUGUUGGAGUUGUAAACAGUGAGCUUGGACAUCAAUUCUUUUAUGGGGGUGCUGGUGGGUACAUAGGAAAUUAG